UAUUUAUACCAAUCGAUUGAUUGAUUGAUUGAUUGAUUGAUUUUAUUUAUUUUCAACAUGAUGUGUCAACAAUGUACUCAAUGUUGAUAAAUCAACAAGUUUUUUUUAUUAUUAUUUUUUUUAAUUUUAAAUCAUAAAUACGGAAAAUUCCAUAUCCAUUAUUAAUCUAUCAAGUGGUUCUUGAAAAUUGUGUACACACACACACACAUACACCAUUUAUUUUAUCUACAGCCAAUAAUAAUAUUCAUCACAUACAAGGAUCAUCAUCAAAUAAUAAUAUAUAUUGAUACAAUACGAUUCAUGAAAAACAGUAAAUUGAAAAUUAUCUUCAAAAUCUAAUCAUCUACAACAGGUGUGUGUGUGUGUGUGUGUGUGUGUGUGUGUGUGUUAAUAAACUUGACAAAAUCCGUUAUUCGAAGCAAUGAUGACCAUUUCUAUAUGUAAUGUGUGUAUGUGUGAAAAUAAAAUGGAACACACACACACACACACACACACACACAGGUAGUCUUGAAUGAUGUUUGAUUUUUAAUUGCUGAACUAUUUACUUAUUUUCUCAAUCUGUUCAUUUGGGACAUACAUUUGAAGUUUGAAAAUUGAUUAAUGAAAAGAAAUGAUCAUGAUGAUGAUGAUCAUGAUGAUAUGAAUGGUGAAACAAAAAAAAAAAAAAAUAUGUUCAAGACACACACACACACACACAUUAUCAGCCUUUUGAUCAUGAUUGAUUCCAUGUUUCAAAUGGUUGAACUUUUUUUUCAUCUCUCUUCUCAUGUGUUCAAAAAAAAAAAAACUAGAUUCAUCAUCAUCAUUUGAAUAUUUGAUUUCGAUAUAUCGAUUGUAUAGAAAAUUUGUACACAAACAAAACGGAACGUAUGUUCGAAAAUUCGAACGUUUUAAGAUUAUCUCAUUAUCAUCAUCAUCAUCAUCAUCAUAAUCAUUACCAUAAUCAAUGACGAAAAGUUUUUUUUUUUUGAUCGAUACACCACGAACAACAAACCAUAUUGGACAUUGAAAAAAAAACAUUCGAGGACAAGUUUGUUGUUUUUUUUCCCCAUAUUCAAACAAGCAAACAAGAAAAAAAAAUUUCCAUACUGAAGAUGUUUAAAGAUGAUAAGCUAUAUGUAAUGUGAACCGACAAAACACGAUAAAUAAAAAUUGUAAACGAAAUUUCCGUGUUUUCAAAAAGAAAAAAAAACUGAAAUAUCAAUUCAUUUUUUUUUUGGAAGGGCCAAAAUCCAGUUAAAGUUCAAAUGACUCUUUUUCGUAUUUGUUAGGUCCAAAAAAUAAAUAAUGAAGAAAAAUGAUCUUGUUUGUUGUUGUUACUGUUGUUUUUAUCUGUAAAGAGUCUUGAUGAAAUGACAAUUAUUAUCUGCUUUAUUUUGCCCACUAUAAAAACCGAUCAAUACGGAUGCUAUCGAAAUCAUAAACGAAUUGUAUCAUCAUUCAAACGAACGAACGAACAAACGACAUACUGUGAACAUUUUUUUUUUUUUUUUUUUUGGUUUCAUUUUAAUCAUCAUCAAUAAUGCGUUGGUUUCAAUUAUUAUUGGCCACUGUGGUCAUUGUGGCCAUCAUCUAUGUCAAUCAACAGGUGGAGGGAAAAAAAUUAAAAAAGAAAGAAUUAAUUGCAUUGAUUCUUUUAUCGAAAAUACCAAAGAAAAAACUCAUCUUACCAUUGCCAUUGCCAUUACCACUUCCAAUACCGAUCUUUGAAAGAACAAAAAAAGUUAUUAAAAAAGAACCGGUUGUCGUGAAAAAAGUUGUCAAAGUUCCAUAUGAAGUUCCAGUGAAAGAACCAUAUCCAGUACCAGUUCCAUAUAAAUCUUCUAAAUAUGAACCAUAUGAUUCUUAUUCAGCUGCAUCCGGUGGUGAUAAAUAUGGUGGUAUUGAACAUGGUUAUCCAUCACGUUCACGUGAUUAUCGUGGACCAGGUGAAUAUGGCGGUGGUUAUGAUGGUGGUGAUGAUGGUGGUGCCUAUAAUGAUGAUUAUGAUAUUUCCUAUUAAACAUCAUAAUAUUUCCAUCAAAAUUGAAAAAAAAACACAAAAAAAACAUUUAUUGAAUCUCUGCUGGACUGGAUUCGAAUAAUAAUAAUUAUUAUUAUAUUAGUAAACACAGAAACUCAUUGUCCACACACACACACCCACAAAACAUAUAUAUCCGAACCACCACCUAGUUCCUUGGUCCCAGUUCAUUAAUUAGUCCAACAAUAAUAAUAAUAAUAAUGUAAUUCCCAUCACUCAUUCAUUUUUUGAUUUGUAA